AUGUCCAACAGCAGCUGCAUCAGCCACUUCCUCCUGCUGGCAUUGGCAGACACGCGGCAGCUGCAGCUCCUGCACUUCUGCCUCUUGCUGGGCAUCUCCCUGGCUGCCCUCCUGGGCAACGGCCUCAUCAUCAGCGCCGUAGCCUGCGGCCACCACCUGCACACGCCCAUGUUCUUCUUCCUGCUCAACCUGGCCCUCAGCGACCUGGGCUCCAUCUGCACCACUGUGCCCAAAGCCAUGCACAAUUCCCUCUGGGACACCACCACCAUCUCCUACACAGGAUGUGCUGCCCAAGUAUUUUUUUUUCUUUUCUGCGCAGCAACAGAGAUUUAUCUCCUGACCAUCAUGUGCUACGACCGCUACGUGUCCAUCUGCAAACCCCUGCACUACGGGACCCUCCUGGGCAGCAGAGCUUGUGCCCACAUGGCAGCAGCUGCCUGGGCCAGUGGCUUUCUCACUGCUCUGCUGCUCACGGCCAAUACAUUUUCCCUGCCCCUCUGCCAUGGCAAUGCCCUGGGCCAAUUCUUCUGUGAAGUGCCACAGAUCCUCAAGCUCUCCUGCUCAAAAUCCUAUGUCCGGGAAUUUGGGCUCAUUACAGUUAGUGCCUGUUUAUCAUUUGGUUGUUUUGUGUUCAUUGUUUUCUCCUAUGUGCAGAUCUUCAGGGCCGUGCUGAGGAUCCCCUCUGAGCAGGGACGGCACAAAGCCUUUUCCACCUGCCUCCCUCAUCUGGUUGUUGUGUCUCUGUUCCUCAGCACGGGUGCAUUUGCACACCUGAAGCCCCCUUCCAUGUCCUCCCCAUCCUUGGAUCUGGCCGUGUCAGUUCUGUACUCGGUGGUGCCUCCUGCCCUGAACCCCCUCAUCUACAGCCUGAGGAACCAGGAGCUCAAGGCUGCAGUGUGGAGACUGGUGACUGGAUGGUUUGAGGGACAUUAA